UGACCGGUGACAGGUAGCGCUGUCCUCUGGCGAUCCGGUUUUGUGAACCAUUAGAACGAAGAAACCCUCCCCACCAAUCGCAAACAACAGUGCGAAACGAAGCUGCGUGCUAAUCCGAGUGCCAAGGUCAGAUCUUCGUGGUGCGUGCUAUCUUUGCUCCAGUGCUAGAUUCUGCUGAGAAUUUAAGACAACGCGAUCGUCGAGCGGUAACAUGAAUCGAAUGGAAACGUUCUGGAAAGCCGUGAGCCGCAAAAAACCGAACGACGACGAUGGUAGCCACUCGAAGCUGGCCCGCGUGUUGACACUGCUCGAUCUGACCGGGCUGGGCGUGGGCAGCACACUCGGCUUGGGAGCUUACGUCCUCGCCGGUUCGGUAGCUUACGAGCAGGCCGGUCCCGGUGUCGUCAUCUCGUUCGUCAUUGCAGCCCUUGCCGCGGCCAUCGCCGGACUCUGCUAUGCAGAGUUCGCUUCGCGCGUCCCGAAGGCCGGUUCGGCCUACAUCUACACCUACAUAACGAUCGGCGAGUUUGCGGCGUUCACUAUCGGUUGGAAUCUGAUGCUGGAGUACAUAAUCGGUACUGCGAGUGUUGCGCGAGGUCUGAGCGGAUACAUCGAUGCGCUCAUUGACCAUCGCAUGGGGAACGCACUGAAGGAGGUGAUCGAGAUAAAGGUUAGCUUCUUGGCCGAGUAUCCGGACGUGUUUUCCUUCCUGGUGGUCAUGACCGUAACGGCCCUGCUGGCGUACGGUGUAAAGGAAUCGACGCUGCUUAAUAAUCUGUUCACCGGCGUGAACCUGAUCGUCAUCGUGGUCGUGCUGGUGUCGGUUGGCAUUAAGGCGGAUCCGGCAAACUGGGCCAUCCGACCGGAUGAUCCGAGCAUACCGGCUGGGCUAGCCGUCGGUGCUGGCGGGUUUCUCCCGUACGGCAUUGCCGGUGUGAUGGCCGGUGCGGCCAAGUGUUUCUACGGGUACGUCGGGUUCGAUUGUAUUGCGACGACGGGCGAGGAAGCACAGAAUCCUUCGCGCAACAUUCCGCUCGCGAUCAUCACCUCGCUGCUGAUCAUCUUCCUGUCGUACUUCGGUGUGGCGACCGUGCUGACGAUGGCAUUGCCCUACUUUAUGCAGGAUCCGGUCGCACCGUUUCCCCGAUUGUUCGAUUACCUCGGCUGGCAGGAGAUCAAGUGGAUCGUUUCGAUCGGUGCGAUCUUCUCGCUUUGCACCAACUCACUCGGUGCCAUGUUCCCGCUACCGCGUGUCCUCUACUCCAUGUCCUCCGAUGGUCUGCUGUUCAAGCAGCUACGGACGGUCAAUCCGAAGACGAAGACCCCGCUGCUGGCGACGGUUUUGUCUGGAGUGCUCUCCGGUACGAUGGCAUUGCUGUUCGAUCUACAUCAGCUGAUCGAUAUGAUGUCGAUUGGGACGCUGCUGGCGUACACGAUCGUGGCCGUGAGUGUGCUGGUGUUGCGCUACGAACAGAAUACCAACUUCAUUGCCAGCACGCAAACCAAAUCGUCGGCCGUGGUCAAACAGCUGUUCAAUCUGACCUGUCUCACCGUGCCCAGUAGCCUAUCGUCGAAUAUUGUCAAAGUGGCAGUGCUUAUCUAUGCUAUCAUCAUUUGCGGCAUUAGCGCCAUACUGGCACAUGGGCAGGACUAUCUUAAUAAAUACCAUCCCCUCAUCUGUACGCUACUGAUAGCGAUGAUCAUUGUAGCACUCCUUCUUACGCUCAUCAUCUCCUGUCAACCGACGGAAGAACGACAGUUAACGUUCCGAGUGCCGUGCGUACCGUUCCUGCCGCUGCUCAGUAUCCUCGUCAACGUAUACCUCAUGUUCCAACUGGAUCUGGCGACCUGGGUGCGGUUUAUGGUGUGGUUGCUGGCCGGUUUCAUCAUUUACUUCUCGUACGGUAUCCGGCACUCGCUGCAGGGAUCCGGCAGCCAGACGCUCUCCGAGAGCCAGCUGGAAAACCCGUUCGCUAUGUUCGGUACGGUGAAGCUGUAGCUGUUUCCGGCGAUGGCAUUCCGGCAUUCCCCUCAAACUGGUCGUUCCGGUCAUUCCGUGAACCACUGGUGAGGCCUGACCUCACUUGUUGGGUUGCUAGUAGCAACAGCAUGCUCAUGUGCUUCUAAUGUACGAUAGGCUAGGAUAGUGAAGCUAGGAUAGAGUAGAUCCUCCUGCGAUCAACCUAGACAUUUUGCUACGAGUAAAGUGAGAGGAAAAACGAAAGAGAGAAAGAAAAAGAGACAAUACGUGUGUGCAAGUAAAAGGCUUGUAGAAAGUGCAACAUAACAGUGACACUGUUGUUGUUAGAUGUCAUGCAAACGGGUUUCACGGCUGUUAUGUUACUAGCACUUACAUAUUAGGGCGUAUUAGUUGAUGAUACGCAUACCUCGCCUAAUUACUAAUCAGGAUGCAGAUAGAUGAAACGAUCAGACGUUUCUUCCAUGCCGAAAUGAAAGUGAUCGGUAAUUGUUC